UCAGGGACAUCACGGACGACGAUGCGUGUGUCGAUGAACUCAGGAUGACUUUUCGUUUCUUCGCCUCGGUUCUCGUCCGCCGCGCUCAGAAGGUUGAUGUUCCUGCUGUGUUUGCAGACAAAGUGAUGAAAGCUGGAAUGAAGCACAUUGAGAUUAUUGCAAAAGCUCAUAGAAAAGUUCAGAGUGUGGAGGGUUUGCAGCAGGCGGCUCUGGAUGAAUUUGGCGCUGAUCUCCACAUCGCGCUGCGCAGCCGCAAAGACGAGCUGCUCUACCUCCGGAAACUCACAGAGAUGCUGUUUCCUUACGUCAUGCCGCCCAAAGCCACCGACUGCAG